AAAGCUCCCUCUCUCACGCACGCUCCCAUAUCCCCUGUGUAUUUUUUAGGGGGGUGUGCGGGUUUGUGUGUGUGUGCGUGUGUUUAAAAGACAAGAGGAGUGUGUUUGUGCCCUUGCAGAACAGAGGACUGGUAACACUCCAGGAUGCAUCAGCUGCUAGUAGUGACCUUGGUGCUGGUGGCACUCUGCUGUUUAGGGAGCGUGGAUUCUUCUGCUUAUGACAAGAUAGUCACCCACAGCCGCAUACGGGCCAGGAAUGAAGGACCCAAUGUGUGCGCUCUGCAGCAGGUCCUGGGGACCCAGAAGAAGUACUUCAGCACAUGUAGGAACUGGUACAAAGGCUCCAUCUGUGGCAAGAAAACCAUGGUUGUAUAUGAGUGCUGUCCUGGGUACAUGAAGUUGGAGGGCAUGAGAGGAUGCCCUGCAGUUGCUCCUAUUGACCAUGUAUAUGGCACCCUGGGGCUCGUAAAGGCUACGACCACACAGCAUUACUCUGACAGGUCCAAGCUGAGACAGGAAAUUGAAGGCAAAGGCUCCUUCACCAUGUUUGCACCUAGCAAUGAUGCCUGGAAACAGCUGGACAGUUCUGUACGGUCUGCACUGGAGAGCAACGUGAACAUCGAGCUGUACAACGCUCUUCACUUCCACAUGGUGAACCGUCGUCUUCUGACGAAAGACAUGAAGGACGGCUUGACCGUCUCUUCCAUGUACAAUGACCUGGGGCUCUACAUCAACCACUACUCGAAUGGGAUUGUGACAGUGAAUUGUGCCAGGAUCAUCCAUGGUAACCAGGUGGCCACAAACGGGGUGGUGCACGUUAUUGACCGGGUGAUCAGCGCUGUGGCCAACACCAUCAAGGACGUCCUGGAUGUCACCGAUGACCUCUCCUCCUUCAAUGCUGCAGUACUGGCAUCUGGUAUGAUGGACAAGCUGGACCAGCCUGGCCACUAUACUCUGUUUGCUCCCACUAAUGAAGCCUUUGACAGACUGGGCCCAGGUUACCUGGAGCAGAUCAUGGGAGACAAGGCUGUUAUUCAAGCCCUGGUGAACUACCACUUGUUGAACAGUGUCCAGUGUGCAGAAGCAAUCAUGGCAGGGUCAGUGUAUGAGACUGCAGAGGGCAGCACCAUAGAGGUAGGCUGUGACGGAGACACUCUGACAGUCAACGGCAUCAAGAUGGUGCUGAAGAAGGACAUAGUCACAACCAAUGGUGUCAUCCACCUCAUCGACCAGGUCCUUAUCCCUGACUCAGCCAAGGAAGUUAUGGAGCUGGUGGGAAGUGGCCAGAGCACUUUCAGCGACAUGGUGUCUGAACUGGGCUUAGCCGCUGCCAUGGGUCCAAAGACAGAGUACACACUCCUUGCUCCUGUCAACACUGCCUUCACAAAUGAGGUGAUGUCAACAGACCAGAGCCUGCUGAGAUUCAUUUUAGAAAACCAUAUCUUGAAGCUGAAAGUUACACUGAGUGAGCUCUACAAUGGACAGCAGCUGGAAACACUGGCUGGCAAACUGCUCAGAGUCUUCAUUUACCGCAAUGCUGUGUGCAUAGAAAAUGCAUGUAUGGUGCGCGGCGGUAAGGAGGGACGCAAUGGGGCCCUCCAUGUUAUGAAAUCCCUCAUCAAACCAGCUGAGAAAACAAUCUACGAGCGUCUGAUUGCUGAAAAACGGUUCAAGAUUUUCCUGUCCCUGAUGGAGACUGCAGGUCUGAUUGAUCUGCUGAAGCAGGAAGGCUCCUACACAAUCUUUGCACCAACAGACGAUGCCUUUAAUGGCCUCAGUGAGGAGGAUUUGGCUCUGCUCAAAAGUGAUGUGAAUGCUUUGAGGACUAUUCUGCUGUACCACAUCAGUAACGGUGUCUUCAUCAAUGGGGGACUGGAAGGAGGAGUUACCAAUUUGCUAAAGACAGUCCAGGGCAACAACAUACAAGUUUUGUCUGUAAACAACUCUAUUCAUGUCAACUCUGUGGAUGUGCCGGACAGCGACCUGAUGGCAACAAAUGGCGUGAUCCAUGUGGUGAAGAAUGUUCUCUAUCCUGGGGACCUUCCUGUGGGCAGCCAGGACCUCCUGUUCAUCCUGAAGAAACUGAUUAAGUACAUUCAGAUAAAGUUUGUUUCUGGAUUUUCUUACACUGAGAUCCCACUCACCUUCAUCAAGAAGACCAUCACAACUACACAUUAUAUUGAAACAGUCCCUGAUCUGACAAAGGUGAUCAAAGUCAUUGGAGAAGACCCAUCUGUCACCACAGUUACCAAGGUCAUUGAGUCGGACCCAGUCAUUACCAAGGUAACCAGGGUCAUCGCAAGAGAGCCUUCUGUCACCACAUUGACCAAGGUCAUCGAGGGAGAGCCUUCUGUCACCAAAGUGACCAGAGUUAUUGAAGGAGAGCCUUCCAUAACCAAAGUUACAAGAGUUAUCGAGGGUGGAGUGCUUGACACAGAUGAAAAGAUUGCAGGUGGAGCCAGGUUCACCACGGCGAACGAGCCUCAUAUCAUUGAGGGCCCAGACUUCUCAAAGAUCACCACCAUCCAUGGCAACCCAAAUUUGAUCGAUGAGGAAUCACAGAGAAUUGCCAAAAUCAUUCAAGGAGGAGGUAAAUUCGCUGCUGCCAGGAAAGCUCCAGCUGGAAUGAGGAGGAGGGUAAAGAAGGUCAAGCGUCACCACAAGCCAAGGCAGUGAAUCCAACAGAGAGAAAAAACCUUCGGACUCACCGCAGAGACUGAAUGCAUCCCCAGUGCUCCUGGUCGAGUGCUGGAGGACUGAAAAAACUGUGCACCAAUAGGGUGAAAUUACAUCAAUCUAGCUAUUUCUUUGUCCAAACCAGCAAUACAAAUGAUUGUUUACUAUUUCAUCUGGACCUGUAUGUGAUAGGCAUGAUGUGUAAUAGCAAUGCAAUGAAAGUAGAAUACCCUUCAUGUAAGUAAUGUAAGUAAGCAAGGGAAAUAUGAAUAUUUGCUGUGGGAUAGAUGGGGUAAAAGGUGAGAUAUAUUCUACCACUGACAUUUUUUUUUAAUGAUUUCUGCUUUUUUUAUCAUGUCACUUUGUAAACAGAUGGCUUGGGAAGAUUUUUGUAUGCUUUUUAUGGUGCUCGCAUUCUGUACAACAGAUGCCAUUUAAUGAAUACGAAAGACAAAAGAAACUGUUUUGCUACUAUUAGAUGCUGUACUGUACCACUGUAAAUUAUCACAUGGUAAUUAAAAAAUACAAUGAAUUUUUA